CUACAAAGCCAUAUCCUGUCAUGUUCUGGUGAUAUUCCUGCCCUAUCCAAAGUUAUGUGCCUAUCUGGCCAUAAUGCUUACUAUGGAUGUCGUUUUUGUUAUUUAUGUGGAAUAUAUUCCAGUACAGCUAAACAUAUUUAUUUUCCACUGCAACCACCAUGCGGAUAUGAUGGAACUAAUUAUGAUCCAAACAAUUUGCCAAUGCGCUCUCACGCCAGCUAUCUUCAAGAUAUUGAAGUAGUAGAAAAUAGAGGUAGGAAUAGAAUAAUGCAUGAACGAGGUGUAAAUGGUCGUAGCAUCUUAUUGGAAUUACAAUCAAUAGAUUUUCCUGCAUCAUUUUCAAUAGAUAUCAUGCAUGCACUUUUUGAAAAUAUAGCUCCACAUAUGUUUCGCCAUUUUAAUAGAAAGUUUUUUAACAAUAAAGAACUUAAUGAUACUGAUUAUAAAAUUUCAUCUGACAGCUGUAAUGAAAUUACAAAAAUAAUUGAACAAAAUCAAAAAAACAUGCCAAUGGGAUUUGGACGACCUCCUAUUAAUAUUUUAAAACAUCACUUUGCUUUUAAAGCAGAAGAUUGGUACAAUUGGAUAGUUUUAUAUUCACUUCCACUUCUCCACAAUUAUUUGCCUACAAGACAUAUAAAUGGAUGGGCAAGAUUUAUUAGGGUGACUCAAUUGUGCCUUGAACCAACUAUUUCUAGGCAAGAACUUGAAGAAAUUCAAUUAAUUUUUAUUAGAUUCAUUCAUUACUAUGAGAAGUAA